AUGGCAGAGGUUAGGAAUAAUCAUGGCAGGCAGAGUACAUUCGACGAUGACAACGUAAGGGACCGCGAUCCCACCGUAGCGGUAGGAGAUUCAAGACCAGUCCCGCAACUCGAAGACGCACCCCCAGGCCGCAGUUCGCAAGAAGGAAUUCCCGGAACACCUUUUGCCCCAACCUACCGGUCAAUAUUUACAGUCACCGGUCCCGGCAAGAAGCUCCUCCCCUCCCUCGCGCAUGUAAACUGCAGCUAUCUGUCAACGCGUGGAUUCCCGCCAACCCUCCUCCAGCUCAAACAACACGUUCACUCACUCACCGUGCUGAUCAAAGCCAUAACGGUCUCAACAGCACCAGGAGUGGUCGAUAACGCCAACAAAGGCCUACCCAACUUACCUUCCUUCACCGACGGCGAGACCUAUGAUUUCCUCAAUGACUUGUGCAAACCAUAUCAAGGCCCGAAGAACAAGGCGUUGAAACCACACCACAACUUGCCUCUGACAUCCCUCUUAAAUUUUGUGGAGGAGAAACAUAUCCACUCUGAUGACCGCAGGUCUACCGAGGUCCGGGUUAGGGAUAUAUGCCCUUUGCACCGAAGUGAGGAGAUCCCGGAUAAUGGGCAUGCUUUGCCGUAUGCGACGCAUCAGGCGUUGAUCGCGCAUGCGAAUGAGGUGUUAGAGUUGUUGGAUCACGAGUAUAGCGCGAAGGGGGGCGUGUUGGGAAUACUGCCGGGGGAGGACGAGAAAGACGAUAGGGAGAAGGCAGAGAGCACCUUGCUGGGACAGAUGAUUCUGUAUUUGCAGCGACUGGUGCAGCGACUACACGACCUGGAGCGCUUGUACGCCAAUGCUAUGGAUGUCAUUGCUGGCGAGGCGGUGGUACCGCACCAAGCGCUCUCACGGUUGGGGGUCGAUGGCCGCAAGGGGCGGGAGGUGGUAUACCCACAAGACAGAUUUGUGUUAGCAAAUGCCGGCGAGGAUCUGUGGCAGUUCUUGAAUGGGGAAUUUGAGAAGAAGGAGGUAGAGGAUGCCUUGGCUAUGUCGAGCUCCAAGAGUCAAGGCGUGACUGGUGAGGCGUUGUGGAAGAGACAGGGAGACCUGGAGACGAGUAAAGGUAUGGUAGCGUUGGAUAUAACUACUCGAUAUUAUCGUCUGCGUGGCGAUAAGCUGAAGACUGUCUUCGUCAUUCCCGCACAUCAGAACCAUCCUGGCACUAAAGUCACCCGUGACAUGGAGAAAGUGCCAACAGUUGUCAGCGUGGUGAAGCCCACAUGGCCAGAACGCGCCAGCACGUUGGAAAAGAAGCACCGUAGCGAUAUAGAGGAUCUUAAGAGGCUACGACAGGAAAACACGCUAUUGAAAGCAGAAGCUGAAUGGGGGCAAGACGAGAAGAAAAUCCUGCUUUUUCAGCACGAGACGCUCAGCGGCAAGGUCCAACACUACAAGAACAAGGCAGAGAAAAUGCGGAGUAUACUAAAGGAGCCGAGGAAUACAACAAAGAGAGGUCUCGUUGAGCUGGCUAACAAUAAUCUGGCUCUUCAAGCAGAGCUCGAAGGCUUGCUGAAGGAAGUGCGGAAAGACCGAGAGUCAGUGGAGAAGGAGAAAAUGGCAGCCAAGGAGGCGAAGCGGGAGCAAGGCCGUCUAAGGCUUGGGCUAAUGGAGCAGCAUCUGGAGCUAGCAGCGAAUGAAAGGAAAGCCGAGGAAGCACAAAAUAUGGCUGAUAAAUUGAAAGAGGCGUGGAAAGGACGCAUUAUAGAGGUGGAGGUUCUCAAACAGUAUUUGACGGAGAAACAUAUCGAGACGGGCGAGAAACAGGUGUCUGAGGCGAAUAUGAAGAAGGGACGGGAGUCUGCGGCACAGAUCAUUGCGAGUAUAUUAUCCGAUAGACCUUCCGGGGAAGUAAUCGUGCCUGGGGAAGAGACUGGCCAAAGAGGGCCCUCCAUGUCCGGGGCACUAUGA